AUGGAGGCCACCGAGGCAACGCCGCCCGCUCCAAACCCGCCACCGGCAACCAGCCAGCCGCCACCAGGCCGAACACGGGUGGCACACCAGGCCAACCAAGCCCGACCGCCACAGCCGCCCAAACGGAAGGCCACCAGGCCAACACAGCGGACAGCUGCGAGGACCACAGCAGCAGUACCACCGCCCGCAGCGGCCUUACCGCCGCCCACAGCGGCCACACCGCAGCCCGCAGCGGCCAUACCGCCGCCCGCAGCGGCCACACCGCCACCCACAGCAGCCGUGCCACCGCACACAGCGGCCCCACCAGCACAGCCGGCCUGGACAUCGCCACCGCCGAUAUCCGGCCUCCGCGGCACCCCGCGACGCCGAGCAGGCACCAGCAGACCCGGGAGAGGCCCAGCAACCCGGGGCAUUACACCACCAGGGCCAACCACAACCAGGCCCACCCAACGGGGCACUGAAGCCCCGUACACCGUCACACCAGGACGGGCCGACGAGGCCGUCCUUAGGUUCAACAGCCUGUCGAGAAGGAGACCCGUCCUCAUGACCCUGGGGAACGGGACGACCGUCGCAGUACUGCGACUACGAUCGGACCACGUCCGCAUCCGGAUCCGUCAGCAGGCAAGGUCUGCACCAGGGACCGCACCGCCACCCGGCCCCACGGACCAGGCCCCACCAGCGCCAGACAACACCCCGUAG